UUGAGGCCUGUGUUCUUAUAAAAUAGUUGGUCAGCUGUGCUAAAACCAAGAAGAAAAAAAAAAGAUAUAUAUUCUACCCGUUCUUGAAGACGAAUAAACUUUUUUAACGGUAGGAGAUCGCCUGAAACAGGGGGUUAUGUUUGUGUACAAAAUAUCUUAAAUAUAUUUAUCACAGUUUCACAACGUGAACGUGUUGACCGAAAUGUGUAGGUAAAUAUAUUAAAAAUCAUGUUUACAUUUGAGACGGAAUGAAAAGAGAGUACAUAAAUUAUGGAAGAUUUUUUGGGCACGUGUACAUAGAACUGUGUGAAAUUUAUUUAUCUCUGGCGUGUCGUAAGAUAAUUCUUUCUGUUGGAUGAAAUCUUUACCUUCUCAAAGUUUCAUUAUUUACAACUUCCCUCUACUUUCAGUUUACUCUCUGACUAACUUUUCUCUUUUUUUUUACUGGAACGUUUUGUUUUUGAAUAUCAAAACGCAGAAAAGGAUGAAAAAGUACAAAGGAGGUUUUCUCACAUAAUUUUGGAUGCGUCCACGAUUGUCUUACAAAAGUUUGUGUCGCAAAACAAAUUUUGGUUUGUUCAACUGAAAAUUUAGCGUGAUGUUCUUUUCAAGUCUUUUGAGUAAGAACUGUUUUCAUCUGAAUAGACAGCAGAUUUGUAUAUUUCUGUUAAGACGAACAUCUGUUUUUAUGUUGUAAAAAGUUAUGUUUAGUAUUUAUUUGCCUACUUCUUUACUUAAGCGAACAAAAUAAUUUUUUUGUGUUUAUUUUUAAAGUGCCUGUGAGUUGCAAGAGGAAUUUGUCUCUGUUUAUGUUGUAAUUUUCAGAAAGUUGAUAGUAUGCCGGCAAUAUAACACAAGAGAAACACUUGUGUUCCAAAUCUAAACUAAUUGAGAACACUCAGCUUAAAAUUGAACUUGUAAAUAUUGCUAGAUAGAAUUUCUUUUAAAAGAACAGAGAUCGGAUUAGAAAAAAUGAAGGACGACAUACGCAAAAGAUCGAAAAGCACAUCGGCCAUGCCAGAUGUACGUCUGGCUGUUACUGGUGGGCCUCGUGUUGGAAAGUCAGCGAUCAGUGUUCGAUUUCUAACACGUCGUUUUAUUGGUGAAUACCAACGCAACGUAGACCGCGUGUACCGGCGCAACAUUCAGUUCGGUAGCGAAGUGAUUGAAUAUGACUUGAAAGACAUGGGUUUUAUUCGCGACAACGGAUCGAUAAUAAAAUGGGCAACUUGCAUCGCCGUCAUUUACUCCAUCAUAGAUCGGACAAGUUUUACAAUGGCAACAACUAUUUUGAAUGAUAUCAACACGAUGCUUCAUGUUGUUGACAAAACAUACCAACCUCUAGCACCAUGUCUUGCGUUAAUAGGAAAUAAAAGAGAUCUGGAACAUUUACGUGAGAUAUCAAAUGAGGAAGGUAAGGAAAUGGCGCAAAAAUAUGGCGCAGGAUUUUGGGAAGUAUCGGCUUCCGAUGACUACAACUCAACAUUUGGACCCCUUAACGCGCUUAUUGUGGAGUCAUACUUGAACGUUGUUACUGCAAAGAACACAGACUGCAACUCCAAUCCUUCCUCUGGUGGUGGUAAAAAGGGACAGGAGGAGACCAAGCUAAGAGCUCGAAGUGAAAAUUCAACUUUAACGUCAUCUCAUCGAAGCAGCAUUGAUAGUGAACUGGAAGACUAUGAUUCUAAACGCAAAUUUGGUUACAAAAAACAGGACGAUGAUACGGCGAGUAUUUCAAGUAUUUCGUCAUUGAAAGAUUCGAAGAAGAAAAAGAAGGCAAGUUUAGAACUUCAUUUAAAAAAAGCAGACAAUGAAAAACCAAAAAAGAAAUUUUCAGUAGGGAAAUAUUCUCUAGACAGUUUUCCCUUAUAUGAAGAUAACAGCAACAUAGAUUCUCAAAGUGUGGAGGAGGACGUUUUCCUUGAACAAACACGCUCCAACAGUUGGUCGAAAAAGGACAAAAAACGAUCAUCCAUCAGGAAGAGCACAGAAAAUAAAUCAGCAACGCCCAAAUUAAUUAAAAGUCGAAGUUAUUCAGAUCUCAAAAGUUUGGAAAAAGAACAAGAGAACGCUAAAGACGAGUCCUCUCCUCUUACACGAGUAAAAAAAUUAGCAAAUGAGAUUGACAAACAUGGCGGAUAUAAAGAACGCAACGAAGCAGAACAAAACUUAUUGACACCGGCGGCGUUAUUGUCGCCUGGUGAAAAACCGAUGACGUCUAGUUUUAGCAAACUGACGUCGUAUUCUAUGAACGAGAUCGCUAAGAGUGUUAAGGCUAGUCCAAAGCCGAGAAAAGAACGAAAGAAAGUAUUUGCAGGCAGUCCACUUGAUGAAAAUGAUAAUGAAAAUUCUGUUCCGAACAACAAUUUCGAAAGUGAAAAAGUUCCAAUGAAAUUGAAACGAAACGAACAGAAAAAAUCUGUACGGAGAAAACUGUCGGCGAUAUUUCGGCCAAAAUUUACAGUCGAAACAGUGUGAAAUUUUGAAAAAGUUAACAUUUCUUUGGUAUGCUCCUGUAUAUAUAUUUACAAGUUUAUUUAUAAAAUACAUAUUCAAUAAUUAUGUUUAAAAAUCUUUUUUUAAAAACCUUU